AUGGCUCGACCCUCCGUCAGCUUGUCUCCCCUCUCGCCCCCGCCGCUCGCCCAGGGUCACUCCAGCCGAGCGGGUUUCCGGUCCCGCCACGACCCGGCGAAAUACGACCAGCACCCGACUCCCCACCCCGGGACCCACAGCGACACAAAUGGCUAUUUUGAGGGCUACCAGUUCGGGGUGCCGUCAAAGGGCCAUCCCGCUGGCCCUGCGCAUCCCGCACUUGGUGACGAUGCGCAACGCGACAGGCCGCUCUCCCCGUGGUCGUCUCCCAUCACCCUCAGCCCGCCCCCUGUGCGCGCCCCCGAUCAGGCGGAACACCAGACGCACCCCCCCGAGGACGCGCAGAAUACAGGCGACGGUUACCUCGCCUCCAUCCUCGGCUUUGGCUUUCCGCGGGCUUCCCUCCGCGGCUCCUUCUCCAGCCGCCGCGAUUCCGUGUACGGCGACCAGGCCUCUGUCCAGCACAAGGCCAGGCCGAGGCGAAGGUCCUCCUUCGCAUUGCAUUAUGAUUCGCAAGACAACGAGGACGACGUGGAGAAGGGGCGUCCGUCCAAGCACCGAUACCGCGACAAGGUACUACUCAAACGCGGCCGCAAGAAGCGCGAAAUCGUGCGCCACGCCGAAAGUAGGUCUAUCAUCGUCCAGACGGAGAAGCUCAUUCUCAUGUGCCGUCCAGCGUAUAUCCGCAGACAGAAAUUCGUGCUCAAGCUCGCAAAGGCCCUCCUGACCUUCGGCGCCCCGUCGCACCGCAUCGAGUCCCAGCUCGAGGCCGCCUCCGUCAUACUCAAGCUCGACACCCGCUUCGUCCACUUCCCAAACAUCAUCCUCGUCACCUUUCUCGACUCCGACACCCGCACGUCCGAGGUGCACUUUGUCCGCGCAGGCGGCCGCGUCGCCCUCACCGCCCUCUACAACAUCCACAACGUGUACCGCCUCGUCCUCCGCGACAAGCUCAGUGCCACCCAGGGCACGGAGGAGCUCGACAAGAUCAUCAAGGCCGGCCCGCUCUACGGUAUCUACAUCCGCUGUCUCUUUGCCUUCAUCUGUGCAUCAAUCAUCUGCGUGCUGGCGUUCGGCGGGUCCUUGCUGGACAUGUUCAUCAGCGGCGCAAGCGCGUCCAUCUUGCAGUAUCUCGGCCUGAGGGCUGCGGCAAAGAGCUCCAUCUACGCUAACGUCUACGAGAUCUCGGUCUCCAUCAUCGUGUCGUUCCUCGCGCGGGUCUUGGGAUCCGUCCCCGGACAGCUUUUCUGCUAUACUUCCAUAUCCUCGGCGGGAGUAGUGCUGAUAUUGCCCGGGUUCACCGUUUUGAUCAGCGCCCUCGAGCUCGCGGCCAGAAACACCAUGUGCGGCUCCGUGCGCAUGGUCUAUGCCAUAAUCUACACGUUGUUCUUGGGAUUCGGGCUGACCAUCGGCUCCGACUUUUACCUCGUCAUCAACCCCGAGGCGAGACACGUCCUCGCCGCCACGGACAGGCUGGAAGCCCACACCUACCACGGGCACAUCAUUGCGAACAACGCGUCGCUGCCGCUGGCCGACCUGGGCGGCACGUACUCGUUCACGGACAUCAGCGAAGCUGCCAGCCAUGUCAUCAAAGGCUGCUACCGCGGGCCCCACUGGCCCUGGUGGAGGCAGCCGUUCCCCUGGUGGGCGGCGCUGUUCCUGGUGCCCCUCUACUCCGUCUGCUCGUCCCUCGCGAACCUGCAGUCCCUCCGGAGCGCGCAGCUCCCCAUCAUGGUCGCCUUCUCCUGCGCGGCGUACGCGGCGAACAAGGGCGCGAGCGUGCUCGUCAGCGACCGCUCGGACAUCGUGUCCGCGUUCGGCGCGACCGUUAUCGGCCUCUGCGGCAACGUCUACUCCCGGAUCAUCGGCGGCACCGCCUUCACGUCCAUGGUCACCGGCGUGCUGUUCCUGGUCCCGUCGGCCAUAGGCAACGGAGGCGGUCUUAUCCAAACCUACAACACAUCUUCUGCGCAGUACUCCAACAGCUUUGAUCUCGGCAUCCGCAUGAUUGAGGUCGCGAUCGGCGUCACCAUCGGGCUCUUCGCCGCCCAGAUGAUAGUGUACGCCCUGGGCCGCCGCAAAAGCGCCGGACACUUUGCGUUCUAG